AUGUCUGUCGCCUCGCUCGUGCCGGACUCGCGCAUUGAUCCAGCGCACAUCCCCGAGCUCUUGCCAUGGAGCGUGCGCUUCGACGUCCUCUAUCCGUACUCCACUCUCUUCUCCCACAUCGUCCCGACGCAUAACGGCUGUCCUCCGUGGACCGCUGAGCUCGAGGCGCACUACCAAACCUUCCAGCAUCGCGUGUGGGUGUGCUUGGCGCUCGACCACUACCAGGACAUGCGGGUGCUGGAGGAACUGCGGAGAAGGCUUGACGAGUGCGAACGCUCGAAGGCGGGAGCAUCUAGCGAGAGACUGGAGUCGGCUAUGGAGUGCUUGACGACGAGAUGUCGCAUUAGGCUGGAAAGGCUCUACGGGCUUCGUGUUGUCCGCGAUCUGUUCCUCCGACACCUGGGCAAGCGCCACGGCUGCAGCUUCCUCGAUCACCAGAUGAUCUCGGACGCGCUCGCUUCGUGCGAAGACUUUGUGCCGCCGAAAGCAGCACCGCAGUCUCUGUGGCCGCUACCUCUCUCACCGCCUUGUCCCGGGCUCAUCUGUCUGGGCGAUCUCGGCGUCGACUGGACCGAGUACGCCUUGCCUGAUCAUCCGACGGCACGAAGCGAGAAGGCGAGGCGCCAACUCGACGCAGGGACGUAUUCCUUGCACGGCUUCGACGAGUCUGCAGCGGACGAGUUCGUGCUGGAUGACGAAGCGACUCCGCUGAUCCUCCCGCCCGUCGCCCGAGCCCGCUCGUCUGGCGUCGCCUCGACUUUCGCCAGACUCGUCCGCCGUUGCCAUGCUCCAGUUGCCUAG